AGAAACUGCAAAGGCAUGGGGGCCUCUCACAUAGCACCAGACAAUCUUUUUCUUUUUUACUUUGAGACGAAGCCUCGUCCAGCUACGUCACUCCAUGACGUCAAACACCACACCACCUCUUCUCCCUUUCCUUCACGUGACGGGUCACUCAGGUCGCGUUUCGCCUCCUUGGGUAUAAAAGGGCUCCUGCAUCUGGCUGGGGCACCAGACCCAAGAAAGUGCGCGCUCAUCACACAGCAGAGCACCAGAUCUCUCUCAGAUUCCACCAAUAACUCAGGCAUCAUGAACGCCAAAAUCUGCGCUCUCGUUUUCUCAUUUGCCUUGACGGUCGUGUUCACAAACGCCGGUCGUCUCCAGUACGUCUUCCACACAGGCGAGAGCUUUCAGCCAUCAAUCGCCGGUUCUCAGCAAGUUGUGCAUUUGGUGAAGAGAGCGACCUCCCGUUCAGGUGGGGGCGCCCGAUGCCCUUCCUUCUCUGCCAGUAGAUGCCCACACCCCGACCUGCCAGCAUUGUGUGUGGGACACCGCUUGAUGACUCCCUGCCACCACGUAGACUUGAUUAACGUCAACAUCUAAAAUUUUGGAAGGCUAAGUCUGACAGGGAGAAAUAUAAAACGACAGCCAAGAUACUGAAUGAAUCUUAAGAUGGAAAACAAACUCACAUAACAAGGAAAGUGUAUUUAAAAAGAGGAACUAUUUUGGAGUCCACAGAGAGGAAGACACCGACUGAGGAUACUGACGACAGCAAUUUCUGUGAGGUGGAACUGAAACUUAUCUUAUGCAUUUAUGGAUUUUGCAUCACUUUUUGUGUGGAAUCUUUGCUCUGAUUUAUACGAAUCAGUGUUCUAACUGAUUGAGGCACAUGUACUACUACACUAGUUCUGUCCAAUUAUUUAUUGAACUCGAGUCAAACGACCAAUGAUCAUGUUACCAAUUUCAUAAUACAAACAUAUUAAAUGUUAUUUUAGAGAUGUUUAUUUUGUUACUUAGUUUUGUAGUGAAGAUAUUUAAUAAAUAAUAAUAUAAAAAUAAAAAUGAAAAA